AUGACGUCACUGCAUCAUCUGCUUUAUACCGCAUUCUUCCCACUUCUCCUGUUUUCCUCGUCUGUGUCGCCCCAAGCCACCAACGAUCUCACGAGAGUACCGGAAGCGGAGGGCGCCCUAGUUGUGUCUGCCAGCUUGGCUCUCAUUCAGGGUUCGUGCGUGUUCUCUCACGACUUCCUGUUCCUCAGACGUCUGGCAUAUGUGGCCUCCAGUGACGGAACCAGCCCGAACACGUACAGGCCAGGUUAUCACGGUGGCAUCUGGCAAAUCUCAGAGGAGAAUUUCACCCAGACUCACCAUGUGGCGACUGUUGACUACGACAACAUGCUCAAAGCUCUACAGGUCAACUGGACACAGGCUGAGUGGUCAGACCUAAGAAAACCACUUUACUCGGGGAUAGCUGCCAUGUUGACUUUAGAGAGGUUUGGUCCUAUCCCACGAGACGCCACCGAGCAAGCAGAGUUCUACGAGCAACACCUAGGUGGUCAGGCCAAAGUGUUUACGGACGCAGUCUCCAAACUCAGCACUGAAUGUGAGUCUCGCAACCUGGACAUGGCGUUUGUCCUCGACUCGUCUGCCAGCCUCUCUAUCCCGGACUUCAUCAAAUCUAAAACGUUUUCGGCGAACAUCAUGGACGGAUUCAAAGUGGGCUUCAACUCUGUGCAUGUGGCAGCCAUCUCGUUCAGCCGACAGGUCAAGGAACAUUUCAACUUCCAGCAGUACAACAGUACAUCUGCUGCCCAGCAAGGGAUCAGGAACAUCGCUAAGUACAGUGCCGGCACCAACACCCAUCUGGCUCUUGAUUACUUGAGAGAACACAUCUUUACAUCUGAGUCCGGCUCUAGACAGAGCGCCGCAAAGAUCGCCAUUGUACAGACUGACGGAGUGUCACAUGACCCCAGGAAGACGGCGGCCGCUGCCUCAGCUCUCAGGGACAUAGGCGUUGUUGUGUUGUCUAUAGGUGUCGGUAGCGGUAUCGACGUGAAGGAACUUCACGCCAUCGCCUCCCCGCCAUCAUGUAGCAGGGUGAGAGUGCUCAAAGACUUCUCAGAGCUCACCUCUAUGUUACCUGACAUCCGGCACACCGCUUGUGACAGCCAACCACAAGUGACGGCAGUACGCCAAGACCGUGCCUUUCUGCGGAAUCACCUACAAGACAGCUCCAUGUGUGCUACUGAAUCGGCGCUGAAAUCGCGUUGGAAACCAUGGAAGAGCCAUUUCAGGUCAGACUGUGCACCGCCGGCUUCGAGAAGGACAAGUGCAAUGCUGUCAACCUUUGAGACGUACAGCCCUCUCUACAAGACACUGGCAGCGACGUUUGGCGUGGGCUCAGCAACAUGGGAUCUGGACCAGGCGACAGUUGAGAAAUGUCCUAUUCACUGA